UUUCAACCCCAUCUCCGAUACAAUCCACUACAACGUCUUCGGAUAUCAUUAGGAACCUUUCAAAGGAGCGACGCUUUGAAUAUAUCAACGCUCCAUUGUAUGCACAAGGUAUUUGCCUCGAACGGAUCAAAUUGGCAAAGGCCGAAGCCAAAACGUGAGAAAUACUCAUCAGCAACCCGGAUUUACUCCAUAUUUUUCAUCCUCGCCCGUUUUUCAAAGUCACUCAUUUACUGAGCAAAGAUGCGGCUCCCAUCACCAAAGAUCGAAGACCAGGAAUUUGAAAAGUUCGUGACACCGGAACCACCAACUCAACCAGCACCUCCUACGCCGGCAUGGCAGAGGAUCGAUGAGAGGCCACUUGUGCAGAAAGUGAAGAUAGUUGAGGCUGCUUGCGAUGCAGGUAUUGCAGCUUUGAGAGACAUUAUGCAGAUUAUGGCUCAGCAUGUGGAUUCUGACGCAGCUGUGAAAUUUGAGCUUUCAUCACUAAGUAAUAUUCUUUUGCGAAGUCGGCUUCUCUUUUGGUGUUAGGUGACUGAUGAAAAGCAUAGAAAAAGUCAUGGAGCAGAAAAAGGAGCACCCGAUCUAUAUCGGUUUUCUCGGUGCAAGUGGGGAUGGCAAGUCCUCCAAGAGACCAGGAGCUGGUUAAGUAUUAUAUAAAAUUGCAGAGGCUCCGCAAUGUACACCGUAACAAACUCAAUAAAGAGAAUAGUGAGUCGUUUAAGAUGCACGCCAAAAAGGUGAAUUGUGAAAAGGCGAAGCUCAAUGCGGAUUUUCGCGCUAGAAACCGAUGCAUUGUGAAUCGGAAUAAUUUUCAUGUCUCGUCAAUCACCGAGGACUACGAAACUGCGUGAAAGGAACUAAGUGAUGAGAAGUCCCCAAGACCUUUGCCUAUUCAUUGCGUCUCAGCUCUCACAUUCAUGAACUUGGUCAGAGGAGAAGACGUUGAAGCAAUGAGACGUGGGUUUAAAACUAAAGGCGACACAGGAAUUCCGGGUUUGCAAGAUGCAUUGAUCUCAACCACAUGGGAAACUCGCCUCCAAAACGGGAUUGCACUUAAUACGGAACUUUACAGUGCUUUUGCCCAGCUACAAAAGUGGUUAGAAGAUACAACAGCAUCUUUCAAAAUGACGGCUGAGGAGAGAGUAAUGCUAGACCAGAGAGCAUCCCUAGUCUCCAGUAGUAUUGAUGAGGUAAGAGUUCUGGAAACUUCUAACCGCAUAUUUUAUCGAGAAAUAACCGUAACUUUAUUUUCAACCCUUA